CUUAUAGCGUAAUGCAUUGGUUAUUAGUGAAAAAAAAUAUAAAAAAGAACAUAUAUUUGAAUAUUAACUCAUUGCGCUUCAACUUGAAAUUGAUAUAUUAAUUAAUUUAAUAAAAUAAAUCAUUUUUGUAAAAUAUAUAUAAAUAUAUAUUUAUAUAUUUUUUUAAUUAAGUUGGAUUUGAGUAUUUGGAAUCAAGAAGGAUGAGCGUCAUAGCGUCUGGUCAGCAGCAACAGCAAGUUGUUAAGGAAGGCUGGUUACAGAAACGCGGUGAACAUAUAAAAAAUUGGAGAUCGCGUUAUUUUGUGCUGCGUGACGAUGGAACUCUCGUUGGAUUCAAAUCAAAGCCUGAUCAACAAAUGGCGGCAACUGCACAGCCACUUAAUAAUUUUACAGUACGUGGAUGUCAAAUAAUGUCAAUAGACCGUCCUAAACCUUUUACAUUUGUUAUACGCGGAUUACAAUGGACUACGGUAAUUGAACGUACUUUCCAUGUUGAGACUGAGCAAGAACGCGAGGACUGGGUUGCAGCUAUCAGAUAUGUCGCAGAUAGAUUAGCGAACGAAGAACAAAUCCAACAACAAUCACAAUCAGAUCAACAAUUGCAGCAGCAACAGCAAAUGCAACAAAUGCAAAUAUCAUCAUCAUCCGAAGAUGUUGAUAUGGAAAAUGCAUCAUCGUCAUCAAAUAACGGUCGUACAGAUUCAACAAGUUCACUUGGUAUUGAUUCAUUACCAAGUAUUGAUGAACUAUCAGCAAAAUUUAGUGUACAAGGUACAUCAAGUAGUAAAAGUACGGGUAAAAAAAAAGUAACACUUGAGAAUUUUGAAUUUCUAAAAGUACUUGGCAAAGGUACAUUUGGUAAAGUAAUUUUGUGUCGUGAAAAAUCAACCGGACAUCUCUAUGCUAUUAAAAUAUUACGUAAAGAAGUUAUUAUUCGUAAAGAUGAAGUUGCUCAUACGUUAACGGAAAAUCGGGUUUUACGUACAACAAAUCAUCCAUUUUUAAUAUCACUUAAAUAUAGCUUUCAAACAGCCGAUCGUUUAUGUUUUGUUAUGGAAUAUGUUAAUGGUGGUGAACUAUUUUUUCAUUUAUCACGUUCACGCAUAUUUUCGGAGGAUCGUACUAGAUUUUAUGGUGCUGAAAUAAUAUCUGCAUUAGGUUAUUUACAUUUAAAUGGUAUUAUUUAUCGUGAUUUAAAAUUAGAAAAUUUAUUAUUGGAUAAAGAUGGUCAUAUUAAAAUUGCUGAUUUUGGUUUAUGUAAAGAAGAGAUUACUUAUGGACGAACAACGAAAACAUUUUGCGGUACUCCAGAAUAUUUAGCCCCCGAAGUGCUAGAAGACAACGAUUACGGUCGUGCUGUCGAUUGGUGGGGCGUCGGUGUCGUAAUGUACGAAAUGAUGAUCGGACGUCUUCCAUUUUACAAUCGCGACCACGAAAAAUUAUUCACCCUAAUAUUACUCGAGGAAGUUAAAUUUCCAAAAGCAGUUUCUAAUGAGGCUAAAGAUUUACUAGGAGGUUUAUUAAUAAAGGAUCCAAGUAGACGAUUAGGUGGUGGUCCAGAUGACGCUAAAGACAUAAUGUAUCACGCGUUUUUCUCAUCAAUCAAUUGGACAGAUUUAGUUCAUAAAAAAAUACCGCCACCAUUUAAACCACAAGUAACAUCUGACACCGAUACACGUUAUUUUGACAGUGAAUUUACUGGUGAAAGUGUCGAAUUGACACCACCAGAUCGGGGUAUACUAGGCAGCGGAAGUGGAUUAAACUCAAUUGCCGAAGAACAGGAACAUUUUCCACAAUUUUCUUAUCAAGAUAGUCAUUCUGCCGCAACAUCUAUUUCCGUAUCUAUUAAUCACUGACAUAAAUUUAUUACCAAUAUUUAAUUAAACGAGUAAUUUUUUUUUUUAU